AUGUCCGUGUUACUCGUUGGCGGGGCCGGUUUCCUCGGUCUCCACCUUGUCGAACAGUUCUCCCGACACUGUCCCGACAUGAAGCUCACGGUGUUUGACGUCCGCCCCAUCCCCGACCAGAUUUCGUCGUAUUUUUCCUUCCUGCCAUCGGAGAUCGACUUUUUCAAAGGCGACUUGACCAGCGAAGAAAGCAUCCGCGAGGCCAUCACCAAGACCAAAUGCAACGUCAUCGUUCACUCGGCGCUGCCAAUGCACGGGUUGGCUCAGGAGAUCUACGAGAAGGUCAACGUCGAAGGUACCAACACCCUCUUACGCGUCGCGAAGGAAAUGGAAGUGCCCAAUUUCGUGUACACGUCGUCGGCAGGGGUCAUUUUCAACGGUCAAGACGUUUACAACGCUGACGAGUCGUGGCCUUACCCUCAAGUCCACAUGGACGGCUACAACGAGACUAAGGCCACCGCCGAAACUGCGGUGAUGAAGGCUAACGCCCCCGGUUUCAGAACCGUGUGUUUGCGUCCCGCGGGGAUCUUUGGUCCCGGUGACCGUCAGCUUGUGCCUGGUCUCCGGGCUACCGCUCGUAACGGGCAAUCUAAGUACCAGCUCGGUGACAACAACAACUUGUUUGAUUGGACUUACGUCGGCAAUGUGGCUGAUGCCCAUGUGCUUGCCACGCAAAAGCUUUUAUAUGGCACCGUUGAGGAAAUCGAAGCGAUUGCUGGUGAGACGUUCUUUAUUACCAACGAUGCCCCGACUUACUUCUGGACGCUUGCUCGUACGGUGUGGAAACAAGACGGUGUGGUUGACAAGAGCUAUAUCAAGUUGUCUCGCCCCGUGGCGAUCGGUUUGGGUUACGUUUCCGAAGCCGUUUCUAAGAUGCUUGGGAAGGAGCCGGGUAUUACUCCCUUCCGAGUGAAAGUGGUGUGCGCUAAUCGUUACCACGACAUCACCAAAGCUAAGACCCUUUUGGGCUACAAACCUGCGGUGGACUUGGAACAGGGUAUCAAGUACACUUUGGAAUGGAUGAAUGAGAGCUCUACUUAA